CAGGAGCUGCAGAGCUCAUCACUUUCCACAGCCAGGGCCUCCUGAACCCACUUCUGGUCUGAUCCUGGUCUGAUCCGGGUCUUAUUCUGGUUUUAUGCUCUUAUGUAUUUUCUCUGGGGUUUGAUAUUACUUAAUGUUGUCAGGUUGGGCGGGGUGAGAGCGGAGUCAGUGGGAAUCGUGAGUGGGUGGAUUGUGAUGUAACGGAGCCCCCCCCCUCAUAAACACACACACACACACACACACACACACACACACUAGGACAUUUCCAUCUCCAUUGGCUUUGUUGGGGAUUUAAUGGCACGAGCGACCUCCUGCAAAGGGUUGUGGUUUAUAUUUUUGGUCUCCAUUGUAAAAACGAUUACAGAUGAUGUUACUGAAGGAUGUUCUAAUGUUGUUUGCUGGAGAGCUCCGUCCGCCGGUCUGCAGGCCUGUUUUCUAACAGCUUUCCUGUCAUAUUAUUGACAGUAGCCUCUAGACUGUGACACAGGGUCGCUUUCAUGUGGAUUUCAAGGACAAGAAAGGAGGAAGAGCUGGACUCUAAAGAUGCCAUCAUACUCCACCAGUUCUCCAGGCCCAAAACUGGCGUCCCAUCCCUGUCCCCUUUCUGCCUUAAGUUGGAGACCUACCUCCGUAUGGUUGACCUGCCCUAUCAGAACUACUUUGAUGGGAAGCUUUCGCCACAGGGAAAAAUGCCAUGGAUCGAAUACAACCAGGAGCAGGUGUGUGGCACCGAAUUCAUCAUCGACUUCCUGGAAGAGAGGCUGGGCGCAAGCCUCAACAAGAGCCUGACUCCGCAGGAGAAGGCCAUGUCUCGAGCCAUCACCAAAAUGGUGGAGGAGCAUUUCUACUGGACCAUAGCUUACUGUCAGUGGGUGGACAACCUGGAGGAGACCCAGAAAAUGCUGUCAGUGAGCGGACCACUGAGUGACCUGCUCAAGUGGAUCCUGAGUCACCUGACCGGCGGGAUCGUCAAGAGGGAGAUGUAUGGGCACGGGAUCGGACGCUUCUCCAAGGAUGAAGUUUACGCCCUGAUGGAGAAGGACAUGCGCACCCUGGCCACUCUACUAGGUGAGAAGAAGUAUCUGAUGGGCUCUAAGCUGUCGACAGUAGAUGCUGCAGUGUUCAGUCACCUGGCUCCUGCUAUGUGGACAUUACCAGGAACACGGCCGGAGCAGCUAAUCAAAGGUGAGCUCAUCAACCUGGCCAUGUACUGCGAGCGCAUCCGCCGGCGAUUCUGGCCCGAGUGGUUCGUGGACCUGGAGGACCUCUGCUACAACGACACCACAGAGGGCAGCGACUCGGCCUGUAAACUCCCCGACCUGGGCCUCUACUCUCGCACGGACUCUUUCCAGGAUGACACGCACACGCACACUCCACGCACUCACACGCCACAGGACCCGCCAUCGCCGGACAGCGACCCUACAGGCCACUCGCUGUAUGACUCUGACAUGGACACAGAGUGCUCUGAAAUCGACCAGCUCAAGUGUUGACAAAACACACACACACACACACGUAUAUACGCACACCACAGGAGGGAGCUGCAUCCCGCCUGUACACAAGCCCCCCUACCUCUUUGAACAGAAAAUAACUGGGGAGUGUUUCUGUGUCAGCAGAAAAGUUGAGGACCUAGAGGUAUACCUUGCACACUGUAGUGGAGGAAUGACUGCAGUAGAGGGGAAGAGGGAGUGAAACGUAGCUCAGAAGUGACAGGUGGAGAGAAAAAGAACGAGAAAGCAGACUAGGUGCAGAGGAGGGAGAGAGAAAAGAGAGGCGGAACAAGAUUCAUAACGAGAACCAGAAGUAUGGAAACCAGGAGUAAAUGACGCCGCUGCUGAGAAACUCCUCUAUGUGGUCGACGUCAUCAACAUUUCCCUGUCGUAACCAUGGCAACUACGUGCGUGCGUGACGCCCCCGCUGUCCAUCGUAGCAACUUGCACCACCCGGCCUUGUGUGUGUUUUGACUCAACCGAACCCUUAACGCCUUGUACUGAUAUGACAACGACACGUAGGGAACUGUACAGGAUUUAUGUGAAUGAAUACAAUUCAGUGUAAAUAUAUAAAUGGAUCUGGUUUAUCAGAUUUAAUAGAUAGAAUAUUUGAUUAUAUAUGAGUAUAAAUAGUAUAGAGAGCCUGCAAAUGUAGAAUCAUCCCCUCUGUCAUAUGGUGUAAAUGCUGUAGGUGUUUCUGCUAUGAAAUCCCUUUUGUGUUGGACACAAUGACCAAAACCGUCUUGUGAUAUUCUCCAUGAAUACCGACUCUGCUGGUCUAGGAUCAGUGGGACCUAUGACUUCCUGUACUGUAUGUAUCUGUCUACACAACUGGGAUAUUACAGUAAUGCCUGCUGCCCAUAUUUUAAUAAUGAAGUAAAAUCUAAUGGAAGAUAAUGGACAGUAAAUCUGCCAUAAGCACUUUGAAACUAUCUUUUGUCUUCUUAAGACAAUUAUUUUGCCAAAAAAAUAUAUAAUUGUUUUUCCCACAUUAGAAGCAUAAUAUGACAACAUACAGUACACUCUCAUGCUGCUGUGUUGUUGGGACAGUAGCUUUAAGUCAAAUAGACAUUUAACAUGCAUUGAGAGCGAGUUAAACAAUCAUGUAGAAAUAGAUUAAAUAGAUAUAUUGUCCGAAUGUGCAUGGCUGGUACGUGCCGAUGAAAAUCUCCCUUUACACUUCACAACAUUUCUUCGCUGGCUUAUUCAUUAAGUUUGACGUUUGUUUGUCACCGCCUCUCGCCCCAUCAACUACACAAAGAUGUAGCCAACUGAUCUUGAAAAAUAACUAUUUUUUCCCCCCAGCAAGAAAACGUUAUGCAAAGCAAUAACAGUCUGUUCAUUUCUAAUGUUAGGCUAGACUGUGUGGUAUUUGGGGUGUGUGAUGGUUAGGUUGAAGUUUUAUGUGUGUUUGUCACUCAGCAAAUGCACAUACAAACAUGUUGUGUGUAAAAGCUACUAAUAUGGAUGCGAGCGAGCUGUGUCCAGUAUGUAUGCUUCUGUCCAUGUUGCGCAUAGAUGAGUCACCCUCUGUGUGUGAAUGAUGGCACACUGGUGACGUUUCACAGCUGAACUUUUCCUCCCUAACACACACACACACACACACACACACACACACACACACACACACACACUCAUGGUUUCACUAUUUAGUUAAGUGGUAGAAAAGGUGGUUGUCUGAAAAAGAAAGUGAAUAUUGAUGAUGCUUCAUGGUCUGACUUAAAAUAAUGGUCAUGUUAGGAAUUAAAGGGAAUCUUCACAGAGGCGUGUAUUGAUAAAUCGCCUGAGGUAAUAUAUUGAUAUUAGCUUUAAGGCCUGUUCAGAAAAUGGUACAGCGAAAUUUGCUAAAUAUUUGGUUUUUCAGCUUGGUGACAUAGUGGCAGGGCCAGCGGGUGAACUGCUGUAGCUUGGGAGCGAACUGCUAACUCACUACCCGGCCAGGCUCACAUUAGUCACGAUGGCUCUAGAAGAUUCUCUCCACUGUUCCUUAAGCUCUACCGCUAAUUCAAAAGUUAUAUUUGUACCUUCAACUCCUGUCUUAUAACUGUCUGCAAACAUUCCUCAUAUGUGCAGCUGUUUAUAUUCUGACAGAGGAGGUUAAAUAAAAUGUAAUUGUGCAACACUGCUAACAAGCUACAACACCUUCACCAUUUUGAACAGUUGGUCUUUCUGUCCCCAGAAAGAUGGAUAUAUCUUGUUCUAUUAUUGGUCUAUUAGCCAUCUCUGGUUAAAAAUUGCACAGAUUUUUUUGCAAGGGAAUCCACUAAUCACAAUAUUUUGCCUCUUUAAGUGCUAAUAUGCUAUGACCGGCCUUAAUGCUGAUGCAGUAUUUGAAUUGGUAAAAUAUGUCAGUACAGAAAUGCCAAUAAGAUGUUUCAGGUAAUUUAGAAACAGUUUCUCUAUCACUUCAUUUGUCCAACAGAGACCACUGACAAGUUUAUUUUGACUGCAAAGUGUACUGCUCUGUGCACAUCUUACUCACAAUUUCUUGACAACCAAAUUACAGGAUCCAAAUCAAAUAUAUUUGUGUUUCAAUAAAAUUCAUAUUAGCCAAUAUAUUGUUUACAGAAGUCUCAACUAUAAUACAAAUAACUCGAAUCAAGCAUCAGUCAGGCUCCUCUUGUGAAGAUUCUGCACAAAAAUGAAAUUUGUAACGAGUUAAACAUAUGUAGCAUUAAUAUGUAGCAGCAUGUUGUGAACUAAAAGUUACAAGAUGAGGUCAUAAAUAGAAUUUAAUCCUUAGCAAAAAGGUUAGGUUAUAUGGUUAUGAAGGCGUCAUUUUAGACUGACCACGAUGUCGAGGAUGGCUUUUGGUGAAGAAUAUUAUAAUGAUUUAACGGCGGCAAAAAUCACCAUUUUCCACUUUCCUUUCCUUUUAAGGGAUUCUGGGUUCACUGCUUAACAUAAUAAUGUUAGUUAGUUGGGCUCAACAACAAAUCAACCCAGCCUUUAAUAAGGAGACAGUAAAGCCUUUAUGUUUCUGUGCUGCAGAUUCAUUUUAAUACAAUAUUGUCUGAAACUGAUGAAAUGAACUGAAAAUUUUCAUUUUGUGUCUUAAAACCUUUCGCCUGCAUGCUCUUGCCUUCUCUUAUCAUCAUUAGUCAGAUUUAGCCUUAUGGAAACUGACUCCUAAAGCUGUUUACUUUCUAUAUGUGCCAGCAUAUGACUUAUGUUUUUAUAUUUUAUAUUGAGUUAUAUUUUAUUUAUUUAAUGUUGUUUAUAUUUAUUGAUUUUGAUGGGGGCUGUGCUUGAAUUUAAGAAACAAUUAUAUUGUUCUUUAUUUUUGCACUUCUUAUGUUUACAUGUGUUUUUCUUCUUUGGCUGAAAGUUCCUUUCAAUAUAAAUUUAUUGAUCUGUGUCAGUUGAUCUGUAUUCGUGCAGUACUGUAGAUCAUCUGACUUCCGUUGACACUGAACAAACUGCAUAUUUUAGCGUUGCCAGUCAUUGCAGUACUUGCAUGCAUGUCCAUGUUUCGAGAUGUCAUUUGAUAAAUGUUGUAACUCAUAUCAUAAUAUCAGUAUCAUUGUGUUAAAAUACUGCAGUCCCUCGUUUGCGGCAAAUUUUGCUGUCAUGAAAAAAAACUGAAAGUUUUACUCUGCAGAGCUCCGUGUCCAGUUGAAACCUUAAAAAAAACAUUAAAUAUUGACCACUACAGCUCAGAUCUGCACGGUGAGGUCAGCCAUCCUGCUGCUCAGCUGAUAGUCAGUGUAUCUGAUCCCUCUUGUAAACUCACCCAUUACUGGAAAAACUGCAAAAGUCCUUCCAGAUCAGUGUCUGUGGUCAACUUCAUCUGUCUCAGUGUUCCUCAGCAGUUAAAGGUCAGGGGUCGGGGUUCAGCCCUGUUGUGUGUGUGAGACUCUCACAUCGAGAUCUGUGCUUGUAGACCGUAGAAGCCAUAUUGAAUUGUCUUGUGGUGUCAUGUGUGUGCUGAAACACUUGUGAAAUCUCAUCAAACUGUAAAUAAGACACUGUUAAAAAAAAUAAUAAUUAUGCGAACAUGAUCUAAAAAAAACCCUCUGUAACAUUAAAAAAAAAGAUUCUUAUGAAUGUAUCAUACCUAGAGAUAAAAAGCUGUAUGACAAUGGAUUACUCUUAAUAUUUCAUUAAAUAUAGCUGUGGUAUUUUA